GCACCCGAACCCAGGCAAGCCGUAUCACGGAACUAGACGAAGAGGGUUUCUUCCUAAUACCGACAUGGGGCGAUCCAUACUCCAGUUGCUAAAAAUAGCCUUCGAGCGUAAGCUGACAUUUAUCAUUGGUCAGUCGACCACCACCGGAAGGGAAGACACUGUCACGUGGGGUGAUAUUUCCCACAAGACUAAUACACAUGGAGGACCAGACAGAAAUGCUUUUCCAGAUGAUACAUAUUUAUCAGACGUUAGGAAACAACUUGCUGAUAAGGGUGUGACUGAACAAGAAACCUGCUUUCAACAGACUGGAUAGUUUGACACUCAAUAGUCAAUCUAUAUUUCGUGCUGGGGUGUCGUUAAACAUCUAUUUUAUUAUAUUCUUUUCAACAGACUGGGGUGGGAUGUAAAAUAAAGUUUGUUUUAUUCA